AUGGCGGGCGUUACUAUGUGGCGACGCCUCGUGUUAAAGUAUAUCAUACCGGAAAGGGAGAAGCGACCGGUGGUGAAUGGAGGGGUGAGCAAGGAGAAGUACGAGGAGUUAAAAAAGAUGGUGAGCAAUAAGGAUAAGGAGUUGGGAAAGCUGAGGGAGGACAUGGAAUGCACAAAGCUAAGAAAAGAGAAGGAAGAACUGAAGGCAGCGAAUGCAGCUGAAACGCGAAUGGUAAGAGACCAACUAUCACAACUCCAGCAGCAGGAGCAACGUCGCAACCAACCAUGGGUUUGGACAGGCGCGACACGAUUCCUCAAGGAAUACACAGUCGAUGUACGCACAAGACGGCCUAUGCCACGAGACAGUUGGGGCAGCCUCAAAGUCGAGGUACCGAGUGAUUGUUACUAUGUUUACGAGCCGAGUACAAACGCGAACUCCUCGCCGUUCCCGAUGAUAAAUUGGCUUGUGGUAAAUGAAGAGCCCAACGACUGGCCACCUCCCCCGAAGACCAGUGCAGUCUGUCAGCCUGGGCAAUUCGACAAAGAUAACUGGUGGUUUGUGAAGAUAGCCCAUCCAGGAGGGCGCUUGGCGAUGAUGGCUUAUUACGACGGUAAUCAGACUUCUUAUACUACCCCGAACUAUCUUUACCCUAUCCGACUUCCCUUUCCAAGGAACUCUAGGUUUUCACAAGUACACAGUUCUUCCUCGUUGAGGUGA